GGUGGGUUUGUUUGUGUGUAAUAAUAGUAGUAAAAGUUGAAGUCUCUGCGCUGCCUGUAAAAUCACUAGGACUUGAUGGGUAAAACAAUUCAAGUGUUUGGAUUCCCUUAUCCUGUGUCUGCAGAAGAAGUUAAGGUAUAUUUAGAAGAAUAUACAGAUGAAGGAACUGUAUAUGCUUUAGAAAUUAGGAAGAAAGGAGGAUCAAGAGCGUGUGCUACAGUUCAAUUCACAACUACGGAUGCCGCUGACCAUAUUAUCUCCUUGGCAACACCAUACCUAUGGUAUGGGUCUUCUUAUUUGAGUGUGCGGAAAAUGAAAUGUGAUAUCAUACCAAAGCCGAUUACCGAUGUGCAAAAGAUGAAAGGAGUUCCACUGCAUUUUGGAUGUCAGGUCUCGAAGGACAAAUUUUCAGUGUUCUGGGAGAGCAGAAACGUUUCUGUGAAAAUGGGGAAUGGAAGUAGUAAAUAUUACUUUUUUCUGUCCUAUCUUUCUGCAGAGUACAAGCUUGAGCUCUCUGAUGAGAACAUCAGUAACAUCGAACUACGUCGUCCACAUGGUCAAGCUGAAGCCUUUCUAGUCUUUCAGCUACUUGGUGCUCCUCGAAUUUAUGAGAAACUUGAAGAAACUUCUAAUGGCCAGUGGGUCAGGGCUACUGAUUUCACUCCAUCAUGCUGUAUUGGGCAAUCUUCUGCUUUAUGUUUGGAGCUACCACAUGGUUCGCAUGGUUUUCUAACUUCAGUUUCCCCUGCAAUUGAAAGCCAAUUCAUUUUGGAGAGUGGUAACCCUUUUUCUCACAAUUUGGAUCUUGUCCCCAUCAUGGGUCCUCCUCCCCAAGGGCCUGAAUUGCCAUUUCAAAUAUUAUUUAAGAUAAGUUCCCUGGUUCAGCAUGGAUAUCUUCCUGGGCCCUCACUUGAUAUCAAUUUUUUCCGGUUGAUUGAUCCUCAGAGAAUAGAUAUUGCAUAUAUACAUCGUGCCUUGCUGAGCUUGUGUCAUUUAAAAAAUUGUUGCUAUGAGCCAGCAAGGUGGCUCGCUAAGCAAUAUAACGAAUACCUCAUGUCUCAGAAACCUCUUGUACGGCCUGCUAUUACUUCAGAUGUUGGGUUGGUAUAUGUUCGUAGGGUUCUAAUAACUCCUUGCAAAGUGUAUUUCUACGGCCCAGAGGUCAACAUUUCUAAUCGUGUGUUACGCAAUUAUCCCGACGACAUCGACAAUUUUCUUCGGGUUUCUUUCGUUGAUGAAGAGUUAAAUAAACUGCAUUCCACACACUUAUCCCCGCGUAUUGCUUCUGGAAAUGAGGAAAGGAGAACUGACAUUUAUAAGAGAAUACUAUCAACGCUUAGAAAUGGCAUAGUUAUUGGUAGUAAGAAGUUUGAUUUUCUUGCGUUCUCAUCAAGUCAAUUACGGGAUAAUUCUGCGUGGAUGUUUGCAUCCAGAAAUGGUCUUACUGCUGCUGAUAUAAGGAAAUGGAUGGGUGAUUUUCGUAUGAUCAGAAAUGUGGCAAAAUAUGCUGCCAGACUUGGUCAAUCUUUCAGUUCAUCCACAGAGACUUUAAAUGUUGGUAGGCAUGAAGUUGAAGAUAUUCCUGACGUGGAGGUUGAAAGCGAAGAAGCCAAAUAUGUUUUCUCUGAUGGAAUAGGGAAAAUAUCUGCUGACUUUGCCCAGAGAGUUGCUAUCAAAUGUGGUCUUAAAAAUACUCCAUCUGCCUUUCAGAUUCGAUAUGCAGGGUACAAAGGAGUAGUUGCUGUUGAUCCCAUGUCAUCAAUGAAAUUGUCAUUAAGAAAGAGCAUGCUCAAGUAUGAAUCUGAAAACACAAAAUUAGAUGUUUUGGCAUGGAGCAAAUAUCAUCCUUGUUUUCUGAAUCGCCAAUUGAUAACACUUUUGUCUACCCUUGGGGUUAGGGAUCGUGUCUUUGAAAAAAAGCAAAGGGAGGUAGUGCAGCAACUGGAUACUAUUUUAGCAGAUCCAUUAAGGGCACAGGAGGCACUAGAGUUGAUGUCUCCAGGAGAGAACACAAAGAUUCUUAGGGAAAUGCUUUUGUGUGGUUAUAAGCCUAAUGUUGAACCAUUCCUCUCAAUGAUGCUUCAUACUUUCAGGGCAUCAAAGUUACUGGACUUGCGGAUCAAGACAAGGAUAUUUGUUCGGAGUGGAAGAUUAAUGAUGGGAUGUUUAGAUGAAACUGGAACCUUGGAGUAUGGGCAGGUAUUUGUGCAAACUUCUGGUGGUGGACGUAGGCCAUUUUAUGAUGAUUCACCUCUUGCGAUCAUUGACUAUGGUUCAGACUCACAUAACUCUGUCAUUGAUGGGAAGGUUUUUGUUGCUAAAAACCCAUGCUUGCACCCAGGUGAUGUUCGUGUCUUGAAGGCUGUUGAUGUGCCAGCUUUGCACCAUAUGGUGGAUUGUAUCGUUUUUCCACAGAAUGGAAAGAGACCCCAUCCAAAUGAAUGCUCUGGAAGUGAUUUGGAUGGAGAUGAUUACUUUGUCUGUUGGGACCCUGAUCUGAUUCCACGUCGUCAAAUCCAUCCCAUGGAUUAUAGCCCAGCACCAAGUAUCUCGUUGGAUCAUGAGGUUACAAUAGAGGAAGUCCAGGAGUAUUUUACGAACUAUAUGCUGAAUGACAGUUUAGGAAUCAUUGCAAAUGCCCACACAAUUUUUGCUGAUAAGGAACCUUUGAAAGCAAUGAGUAAUCCUUGUAUAGAGCUUGCGAGGCUACACUCAGUUGCUGUUGACUUUCCAAAGACCGGUGUGCCGGCUGAUAUACCACCUCAUUUACGUGUAAAAAAAUACCCAGAUUUUAUGGAAAAGCCCGACAAGCCCACUUAUGAAUCACAACGUGUGAUCGGAAAGCUUUAUCGGGAGGUGAAAGACGCGGUACCACUCACAAGCACUUUUAAAACGUUCACAAAGGAAGUGGCAACACAGUCAUAUGAUCCUGAUAUGGAAGUAGAUGGUUUUAAGAAUUACAUCGAUGAUGCAAUUGAAUGUAAAUCUAUGUAUGAUUUCAAGUUGGGCAACCUGAUGGAUGACUAUGGCAUCACAACUGAGGCUGAAAUACUUAGUGGUAACAUCGUGCAAAUGUCAAAAUAUUAUAACAAGAGAAAGGAGGCAGAUAAAAUUUGUUUGGCUAUAAGGUCCUUGAGGAAGGAAGCUAGGACCUGGUUCAAAACAAAAGGGAGUCAGUUUGAAGUUGAGAGUGUAUAUGCUAAAGCAUCAGCUUGGUACUAUGUUACAUAUCAUCCUAGUUUUUGGGGUCAAUGCAGCGAGGGAACGGAACAUGAUCAUUUCCUAAGCUUUCCUUGGUGUGUGUAUGACAAGUUGAUCCGCAUCAAGAAGGAUAAAUCAAGGUACCGGACUUCCCAAAUGUCUUCACUUGAACAGAAGUACAGUAACGGAUUGAGUUUGAGAUGAGAAGUUUGCCAUCAAGACGGUUCAAAUUUUUUGCCUAUUCAAAACAUUUGAAGGUAAUCGUUACUCGUGGUCCUCUUCCACAUCUUUUGCAUAUGUACAUAUGUUUUGUGUCCGUAGUUUGUGUAUGGCUUGAAUGUUUGCGUGUGUAGUUUGUGUAUGGCUUGAAUGUUUCUGUGUGUAGUUUGUGUAUGGCUUGAAUGUUUGUGUCUGUACUUUGUGUCUGUACUUUGUGUAUGGCUAAUGUUGAGACUGAAAUUAGUCACUUGUCAUCAAAUAGACUGUAAUUUCUGCUUCCCUGUCAUAUUUUUAGAUGAGCUUCUUGUUGUCUGGAGA